AUGCCGGUUAUCCCACCGUCCCGCAAGGCGUCAGUGACCCUACCACCAUCCAUCCAGCCGUAUCUUGCAUCGAGGGCCUCGGAGCCACCGCCAUCACCCACUAGACCAUUGUAUAGCACAAUCAGCCCUACCGGACCGCUGUUUCUCCGGGUGACCAAGACAAGCACAUUCAGCACGAUCCCCCUCGAUCCCGCCACCGGCAGCUCCAAGCUCGGAAGCACUCAAAGAAGCAGGAUCCAGGCCCUCAUCGCCAACCAAGCCAACGCCAACAGCCAACGACCCACAGCAGCAGCAGCAACCCGCACACCGCUCUCCCGUCUUGAUGCUGCCCUCGAGAGAGCGCUCCCCAACACCGCUGUCCCCAACCCGCCGACGCCUCGUCGUCAGUCUAUUCCCAAGACGCCGACCCCAACCCCACCAUCACCCAAGUCAAAACCAGCAGUCGAGCUCAACCGCGCCGGCUUUGCCGCCAACUCGUUGUUACGAAACGGCAACCUCGGUGACCGUGAUGACGACGACGAGGAGGAAGAAGACAUGCCGCCGGCGCUGACAUCCGCCAUCGCGUCCUUGCGGCGCAUGAACAGCGGCAUCAGCAGGUCGUCCAGCCUGCGUAGCAUCACGGAUCGGGCUGCUUUUUCCGCUUCUUCUGUUUUCAUGUCUGCGGCCGAGAUUGCCGCUGCCGGGGAGGAAGGGAAGGAGAAACAAGGGGGAAGAUGGCAAGUUUCAGGUUUGGCGGUGGAUGAGUUUACAUUCGAAGUGAGUAAUCCUAAUGUGUCGGGGAAGGGCGCGCUUGGCUUGCGGGAGGGCAGCAGCGGGACCGUCAACGCGCUGGUGAUGCCGCAGAAUUUGCAGAGGCUAUCCCUUGCGUGGAAGCCUGGCGAGGGAGCUGUGUCAAAGAUUGGGUCGCCUGCCAGGUUUAAUGGGACCUCAGCGAGGGAAAGCAUGAGGAGUCUGGAGAACUUAAGGCUGUAUGACCCUCAAGGCUUCCUGAUCCCGUCGCCGGUGAGGGGAGUGAAUCCAUCCGGACUGAGGGUGUGA